GCGGACUUUAGGGUCCUGCCACUGCUACUCAUUGGGUUUGCCAGCUACCAACUGGAUAGAACCAACAUCGCGAGUGCAUUGACGGGUGGUUUCGCAGUGGCCGUCUCCGUGGAUCAAAACACGAUCAACAUUGGAAACCAACUUAUGUUUUUGGGUGUUAUUAUACUUGAAAUUCCCUCAAAUAUGAUGCUUCACAAGAUUGGUCCUCGGAAGUGGCUUAGCGGACAGGUUUUCGUAUUUGGACUUGUAACCUGCUUACAAAUCUUCCUACAUAACAAAGCCAGUUUUCUGGUCACCAGAGCCGUCCUUGGACUUGCCGAAGCCGGUUAUAUCCCCGGUGCAAUGUAUACUCUAUCUACCUGGUAUGCAGCCCCCGAGUUUACAAAGAGAAUCGCUAUUUUUUUCUUCGGCAUGUUUGGAGGAACAGCUAUCUCUCCUUUAAUUGGAGCGGGUUUGUUGAAACUGGAUGGAAAGGCCAAUCUCUCCGGCUGGCAAUGGAUUUUCCUCGGUAAGAUCAAGAAUAUAGUCUAA